AUGUCUUCCCCACGUGUGAGCUGCCUGGGCAAGAUGGAGCCGGUGACGGAGGAGUCGUGGGAGUCCCUGCCCGUCCAGCUGAGCCCGGGCGUCCUGCGAGCCUUGGAGGAGCUGCGCUUUUCUCUUAUGACCCCGGUGCAGUCUGCAACUAUUCCUUUGUUUAUGACAAAUAAGGACGUUGCUGCUGAAGCUGUAACUGGCAGUGGAAAAACUUUAGCUUUUGUAAUCCCUAUCAUAGAAAUUCUUCUCCGACGGGAAGAGAAGCUCAAGAAAAUGCAGGUGGGUGCGGUCGUCAUCACGCCCACGAGGGAGCUCGCGACGCAGAUCGACGAGGUGAUCGCCCACUUCACAAAGUAUUUCCCGCAGUUUAGCCGGUGCCUUUUAAUUGGUGGGAAGAAUCCCAUGGAAGAUAUAGAAAAAUUCAAAGAACAUGGUGGAAACAUCCUCGUAGCCACACCCGGGCGCUUGGUGGACAUGUUCAAGAGGAAAUCGGAUGGGCUGGAUUUGGCCAGAUCCGUGAAAUCCGUUGACGUCCUGGUCUUAGAUGAAGCCGACCGGCUUCUGGAUAUGGGCUUCGAAGCCAGUUUAAAUACCAUUCUGGACUUUUUGCCCAAGCAGAGACGGACCGGCCUCUUCUCGGCUACUCAGACCCAAGAAGUGGAGAACCUGGUGAGGGCCGGUCUCCGGAACCCGGUCCGCAUCUCAGUGAAGGAGAAGGGGGUGUUGGCGAGCAACGCCCAGAAGACCCCGACGCGGCUUCAGAACUACUACAUGAUCUGUAAAGCGGAUGAGAAAUUCAACCAGCUGGUCCACUUCCUUCGUCACCACAAGACAGAAAAACACCUUGUCUUUUUCAGUACGUGUGCUUGUGUGGAGUAUUACGGGAAGGCCCUGGAAUCUCUGGUUAAGAAUGCGACCAUAAUGUGCAUCCACGGGAAAAUGAAGCACAAGCGGAACAGGAUCUUCACGGAAUUCCGGGCCCUCCCAAGCGGCAUCCUGGUCUGUACCGACGUGAUGGCCCGGGGCAUCGACAUUCCAGAAGUGAACUGGGUUUUGCAGUACGAUCCCCCGAGCAAUGCAAGCGCCUUUGUACAUCGCUGUGGCCGCACCGCCCGCAUUGGCCACAUGGGCAGCGCCCUUGUGUUUUUGCUUCCCAUGGAAGAGGCCUACGUCAGUUUCCUGUCAAUUAACCAAAAGUGUCCUAUGCAGGAAAUGGAACUGCAGAAGAACGUGGCAGAUGUCCUGCCCAAACUGAAGUCUCUGAACAUGGCCGACCGAGCGAUGUAUGAGAAAGGGAUGAGGGCGUUUGUAUCAUGCGUGCAGGCCUACGUCAAGCACGAAUGCAGUCUCAUCUUCCGGAUCAAAGACCUGGACUUCGCCAGCCUGGCUCGAGGCUUUGCCUUGCUGAAGAUGCCCAGGAUGCCGGAGCUGAGAGGCAAGACUUUCCCAGACUUUGAGCCUGUGGAUAUUGACACGGACUCGAUCGCGUUCAGAGACAAGAACCGGGAGAAGCAGAGGCAGAAACUGCUGGCGCAGCCGAGGGAGGAGCCGGAAGGGAGGAGGAAAGGCGCCAGGAAUCAGGCCUGGUCCAAGCAGAAGGCGAAGAAGGAGAGGAAGAGAAAACUGAAGGCUAAGCGGCAGAGAGAGGAGGGUUCAGAUGUGGACGAGAAGGACAUGGAGGAGCUCUUGAAUGACACCCGCCUCUUGAAGAAGCUAAAGAAGGGUAAGAUCAGCGAGGAAGAAUUCGAGAAGAAACUGCUGCAGAGUGAGAAGAAAGCUCGGACUGACGCAGCCGCUGGCUCAGAGUCUGAAGGAUGAAGAAAGGGUCUGCGAU